CAUGUCUCAAAAUCAGCCACACUUUGCUGUGGUGGAGCAGGCAAUUAACACAGUAAAACAGAUUCAGCAGUAUAUCAAUGUUGGCAUGGAAACUACAAUUGAUGUUGCCAUGGAUGUUGUGGAGAAUGAUAAAGAGAACAAGAAACAAGUAGACGAGCUAAGUCGGUGAUGCUGGACUAUGUGUGCAUGGAGCGAGACCUGGAGCAAUUCCUGGCAGCUGUUGACCACACCAAGAACAAGGCACUGGAGAGUGGUGAGGUAGGCAGUCUGGAGCGGGACUUGGACUUGAAGCUGAAUGAGCUUCAGGUUGGGAACAGAAAGUCCAACCUGAAGCAGCAUGAGAAGUACACUGACCUCGAGCAGAAGAUACAGGAGCUCCAAAACCCAGAUGUUGCUGGUGGGCCAGGGAUACCGAUCCCAUCAACAUCUGCUGAGGAUGAUGACAUCUGUAUGACGGAGGAGACAGUCAACACUAUGUGUCCCUACACACAGCAGGAGAUGAAGAACCCUGUGCAGAACAAGCUGUGUAAACAUAACUAUGAGAAGGAGGCCAUCAUGGAAUACAUCAGUCGCCGUGGCAAAAAGGCCAAGUGCCCUGUGUCAGGAUGUGCCAACACCAAGGCUAUAGAGCAGUCCGACCUUGAGGACCACAAGUCGUUGAGGCGAUACAUAGAGCGGGUCAACAGACAGGCAGGGAAGAGGGCAAAACACUAACUUGUGAACUGGUUUCCUGACAGAAGACUGUUUGUGAACCUUGUACAAUGUGCAUGUGUCCACAACCAACAAGGCUUUUGACCAUACAAUUUGGAACUAUGCUCUGUAUUGGUUGUCAGCCUUGUACACUGUGAAUGACAUUGUGUCCACAACAAACAAGACAUUGACCGUACAAAUCAUAACUAUACUGGAUCUCAGAUCAUACUGUUGAAUGUAACUUGGGGCAUGAAGCACACACAUGGUACGUUUCUCAUGGAAGCUGACUCAUGUUUCUUGUUAUCAUGGUUGUGUGUUGUACACAGAGAUUGAACAUAUUCAGUUGUCCGUGUGUAAAUACAGUG